GAAAAGGAGUUGAAACGGAUAGGCCAUUAUGGGGAAGUACGCAGGCCCAUCCCACACUUUGGCCAUCCAAUCUCCUGAGGGCCCAGGGGACAAAGCAGGCAGAGAAGGAGGGGCCGCCAAGUAGACAAGCCAAUGUGAUGGACAUGGAAAGGAUGGACAGGCUGCAUUUUCUUCCUACCUGCUCAUUUGCUGGUAACCUUUCCGGCCUUAUCCAGAGUCUGUCUCCCUGGAAAGUUAAAGAGAAAUAGGAAGCAAAAGUGCACAACUUUAGAGGAGAUUAUGGACACUUCUCAUGCCCAUUUUAAAGAGUAUUUGAUGCUGCAUAUAUUUAUUUUUGUACGAGGGAAAGAUAAAUGCAAGAGUUUAGCAUUUAUCACAGUGAUCUGUACUUAAUUUUUACUCGCUGUGCUGAAUAUUAAUACACCUUGAACUGUGAAUAUGGUAAUCCAUCCUUUCUAGAGGACAAUCUUAGUUGCAAAGGAAGUCCUUGAUGUAUAGAUUUGAGAGCAGCUGCACACAAUCCUAUAAAGACGUUAAUCUUAUAAAGUUUGUUCUGUGAUGAAACUGGAACUCAGUCAAUCAAUUGUACAGAUCUCUCACUGUUAUAAUGAAUAUAUAGAAAAGGGGGGGUCACUUUCCUUGUUGAUGCACUGACACAACUAGGCCUUCACAACAUCAAACUGCCUGCAGAGCCUUUGGAUGUUGGGGGAGCGAGAGAGACAAGAGCAAUGGUGAGCAAAGAGCCCAACCACUUGCUCACAGGCCAAACCAACGGCAAGAGCACCUUGGCGGACAAGCUGCCCGGGACAAUGACUGUGCGCUCUGUGCUGCUCAAUCGAGACUCCCCGGAUAUCGAGAGCCGCCUCAAGCGUCGCCGAAACCGCACCCACCAGGUCCGCUUCAAAGACCUGGAGGAUGGCAGCAGCAGCAGUGGCAACAGUGGGACAGGAGAAAACAAUAGCCAUCAGAGGCCUGUCACAGACUGUGGCAGCCCACAUCCUCUUCGUAAACACAGCAGCAGGUCCCCUAAGCCAUGGACUGACAGGGAUGGGCCACGGACUCACAGUCUACCUGGUCAAACCUCCGUGGUGGGGGCUGUGCGAGGGGACAUGGCAAGUACUAUAGAGGUGGUGGCUGCUUUCUUAGCCAGGGCCCCUCCUCAUCCACUGACACCGGGUCCCACUCGUCGAUGCUGGGCACCACCACAGAGUAACUCCCUAACCUUGCCAAUGACACGUAGGCCCAGUACGAGCACCAGCACAGCCAUCCAGACCUCCCCAUGCCUGAAAAAGCCCCAGUCCCUCUCUUCCACCCACACACGUAGCCACAGCCUCGGGGACUCAGUGGGCAUGGAUGGGGAUGAUGAACAUGACUCUCAAGAUGAGUUCCUAACGCACAACCAUGUGUUGGUGCCUGGGUCCAAGGAUCAGAACGGUCCACCUGUUCCCGGGGAUCGAGCUGUGCUGGAACGGAGGCCUAAAGCCUCCAGGACAGACAUUAAGUCCGCUGUUAGUGUGGUCAAAAACUCCAGGCACAGCUGCCCUCCUUCAGUGCUUCUCAACACUGAGCCAUUUCACUGCUCCGCUGUAUCCUGUCGAGAUGGCCCUAAGCGUCAGGGAAGCAGCACUCCGUCAGUGGUCAGGAGGAGGAAACGCCUGAACAGGACAACAAGCGAUCCUGGAAAGGAAGUGCACUACUGCACUACUCCCACUCAGACUGAAAGCCCUUGUCCAUCCCCUCCACCCUCAAAUAUCAAACUCUGCACCACUCAAGUUCAAACUGAGAACCCUUCCCCGCCUCAAAAUUCAAAGUAUUGCACCACCCAAAGUCAAACUGAGAGACGACAUAAAUCUCCACCUUCAAGUGACAAACAAUGCACAACUCAAAUUCAAAUCACCAACUCUCGUCCAGCCCUACCUCCAAAUACUGAACAGUGCACCACUGAAAUACAAACAGACUCACCCUGUCACUCAGCUCCAAAUCAUGAACCUUGCACUACCCAGACACAAACGUGCAGCCCCUGUGCUUCCCCACCUCUGGCAGUAUCACUGAGCUCAAUGCAAAUUCAAUCGGAGAGUCCUGUAUCCCCGACUCAAGACCCUCCCAACACCCAAAUAACUACUGUGCCUUACUGUAGCUCUCCCCAACCUACAAGUGCACCAACACAGACCCCUGAACACUGCGCUAAACCACCUUGCUUCUCUCCAGCUAAGCCAGCUUGCGUCACCCCACCUCCACCCAAAGCCCUGUCCAUUCCUUGCUCCACUUCUGCACCUACUGUUGUCCAACACCCAAUCCCCUAUUAUACUGUCGUGUCACCACCAACAACCCCCUGCACAGCUGUUGUUUGCUCCAGUCCUUCCUCAACUGCACCAUCAUGCCCCACCCCAAAGUGCACCUCCCCUAUUCCAAACACAGUAUCACCAGCUCCUCUAACCUGUUCCACCCCUACCCCAGCUCCCCUAACAUGUUCCACCCCUACCCCAGCUCCUCUAACAUGUUCCACCCCUACCCCAGCUCCUCUAACAUGUUCCACCCCUACCCCAGCUCCUCUAACCUGUUCUACCCCUACCCCAGCUCCUCUAACCUGUUCCACCCCUACCCCAGCUGUAACCCCAAAUAUAACUCCGCUUGACCCCAUUAAACAUCUAAACACUGCUUUACCCAUAACACAUCCGCCACCAUACAGUGCUUCAAACGCUACAGCCCCAACAAAUAUAACACCUUGUACGUUUGUAACUCAAACUGCCCUGUCAUGCACCUCCAUAACAUAUUACUCUACCACACAUUCGGUUAGCCCCAAUGCCCCUCACUCAAAUUCUACUUCACCUUCUUAUGCCACUCUCAUACAAACUGUGUCUCAUUGCAACAUCCCAUGUCAAGCUCUGCAAAAUACCUCUUCUGCCAACACAGGCAUAACACCCUACUCCUCCCCAGUCCCCAAACUAAAAUCUUGUACUUCUCCACCUCCACUUGUGAAAACAUAUGUGUCCACUCUUCCAAAUGCACAGUCAUGUGCAACACCAACUAAAGCUGUUCCUCUUUAUUCUUCCACAUUUCGUGCUGCACCACCAUACACGCCCCCCUCUCAGGCGCCCUACAACGCUCAGGAUAAGAGGGGCAUUCGACUUCCACCUCCACCCCCGCCACCUCCACCUUAUACACCACGCAAAAAGGGAAAUGAUCCACCAGGUCCUGGAAUCCGAACACCCAUGCUCAGGGCAGACAGCAAGGCCAGCAAGAAAGAUAAAGACGAUGAGAAGGAAAAAAAGGAUAUAAAAUGUACAGACUCGCCCAAGCUCUGUGAGAGAGCCAGCUCUCUGAAGCACAGAGCUCAAACUCCGCCAGUUUCUGUGAUGAAGGGAGAGAGGCAGUCCUCCUCCUCCUCUCCUGCCAAGGCCUGUUUUAAGUCCAGCUGUCUCAGCUCAGCCCAGGCUCAGCUUGGGGUGCUACACAAAAUGCUCUGCUCAGGACCCAACGCCAGGCCCAACAACCCCAACAGCCAACACCCUCUUCCUCCAAACCAGCAGGGUUGCUCUGGAGGCAGGGGCUGCUCUGCUUCUGGGGAGCGGCCUACAGCCGGGCCCCUGACUGCCACCCAGGCUGACACACUAAGACAGGUCCAGGAAAUCCUGGGAGGGUUGGUGUCUGGUGCCAGGUGUAAACUGGACCCAUCUAGGGUGACAGAAAAGCUCCUCGGUCCCAAUGGACCCCUGCAUGACAUUCGUAGCCUGCAGACCCAGCUCCACAGUCUGGAGGGGGUCCUGGAGACCAGCCAGAACACCAUUAAGGUCCUGCUGGAUGUCAUUCAAGACCUUGAGAAGAAGGAGGCUGAGAGAGACGGAAGACAUUCAUACAGGACCGGACAGGACAUUGAGAACUGUGGGACCUGCAGGGACUGCGCCUGCAUCAUCUACAGCGUAGAGCAUGACUUUCGUCUGCAGGAAGGGCAGGUGGUACGCACAUGGAAGGUGGGCGACCCACCCGAGGGCUCGCCACAGACCCCCACUCCCCAGCCCUCCACCCCCAACCAACAAGACUCCCCUCAGCCGGUGCGACCCCCUGCCACCACCAAGAAGAACAGGAAGAAAUGUUUCUGGUUCCUCUGAGUGCUGCAGGAUGGAGAGGGAAAAAAGACAUUUUGAUACUUUAAUGCACUGCGUACCUUUCUUUUGACAAAAAAACAGACAACAAAUGAUAAACUGUGGAGAUUUGAAUAAAAGACAAGUGUGGAAUGAACUGGAAAAUUAAAAUGCAAACAUGAAACUGUGGGAGGAGGAAGGGUUGCGAAGGUGAUGAUUUUCGCUGUUAUUGUUGAAGUUGAUGAGAAUGGUUUGGAAGUAAAAGUUCAGUCCACAAUAUGACUCACAGUUAGGAAACAAUUAGGAAAUACAAAGAGAAUAUAUAUAUAUAUAGCAGGUGGAAUGGGGCAAGGGGCACCGUACAAGAGGCAAUACAGCAGAGAUGAUGGAGAGUAUUUAUAAAAGAUGAAGGGAAUAAAGUUUAUAGGCAGAGAGAGAAAAAUACAGAGGAAGGAUUCAUCUUCAUUAAUGGACUAAUGAGGGUCAGAACACCAGCUUUUAUAUCCAGAGACAUUUAAAAAGAAUUAUUAUGACGUGUAUUUAAAAGUUUUAAUAUACUGUAAUUGAUGACAAACUACUACACAUGUGCACAUACAGCACACACACAAACACAUACAUUAAGAAAUGAAGUGACAUAUUUACAUAAAAUGCAUAUAUAAAAUUGAGAAAAUGAGUGAGUUGAGUUCUGUAGAUAUCAGAGCUAUUCUGCUUGAAUGCUAUAUUUCAGAUAUGGAUUACUGCUCUAUAAAAGUAUUUUACCACA